AUGGAGGAAAAACAACUCUACGGUGCGUUGACAGUUUAUCGUGAACGUGGGGCUUAUUUGCGACGCCUCGAACAGUUCGAAAAAGCAAAGGCAUCUUAUGACGAAGCCUUUAAAAGCAGUCCUGAAGAUGUCAGAACAUUAACAGGUCGCAGUCAAGUUUGCGCAGAUGCUGUGCAACCCAUACAAGCGUAUUCUGAUGCAGAACUUGCACUAAAACUUGAACCAGAGAAUAUGAAUGCCCGUAACAUGCAGUCCAGAGCAAUGUAUACAAUGUCUGAUUUCGAAAGAUCAGUCGUUAUGAAUUUUCGAGGAGCCAGAAUCCGAAAACAGCCUCCUUACUUUAUGGAAGGUAUUAAUCAGGGAGUGGAAACUAUACAAGACUGCAUAGGGGUUAAUGCUGGUUCAGUUAUGGUAGAUUUUUUGCCACUUAUUAAACAAAAUGAAGCUCUUCGUCCUGACGAUGAUGAACCUCUAAAGCCAAUACAUAUUUCAAGAAUUCCAAAGCCUGAACGAAAACGUAAACUUACGCAAAUGGAAGCACGAAAACAUUUGACUUUAGCGCGCGUGUUGGCUAUGAAAUACUUGGGACCGAUGGCUUAUGAUAAGUUUUUCCUCCAAGAACUUACUGAGGAUCCCCGUAUUAACUCAGCUAAUUCUGUCGGUAGCACAGAACUGAAGGCUUUAGUCAAAGAAGCUUUACGUUCUCUUAGCGAACGACAAGACAUGCUACGUUCUCAAAAACCUUACUAUUCUAUUAAACUAGCUGAAAAGGCCGAAUCAAAACACCAAAAUCAAUACCGAGAAGCUGUACUAGUUAAAGAAAGAGAAAUCGGCGCACAUACCGCUGAAAGACUUUUGAAAUCAAUAGAUAAAAGCUUACGUGCUAAUCGAGUGAUGGAAGUAAUAGCGCAAGCUGAACGAAUGCAACUUUUCUUAGAUAACAAAACUCCACGAACUUUACCUGACAAGGAUUUAUAUACUGAUCGACUAUAUAGAGCCGUAGGAGAAGCUUAUUUGUCUCAACAUCGACUGUCUUACACACUAAGUGACAGAGGCAAUAAACGUAGAAUCGCAUUCCUCAUGGGCUUGCCGGUAGGUCGACCGCAGUCGUUCGACUCUGUGAUGGCAAAUUAUCCUUACAAAUUUAUAGAUAUCAAACAAGCAACUGAAAAAGUAGUAUUAACGCUCGAAAUGUGUGAAAACUCUACAAUGAAAUGCUGGUUAAUGUACGAACUAGCUAGACUGCUUUGCUUACAAAAAAAUUAUGCUUUAGCGAAAUUUUAUGCGAAACGUUGUCAGCGAGAAGCUCAAGAAUUAGCCAACGUUACAUGGUGGCUGAAUGGAUGUUUUGUGCUAAUGAGCGGUGAUAUGCAACAAGGCAAUGCAAAUGAGGUGCGAAUACAAGUAGAAGAAGCAUAUGAAUGGUCUAAAAAGAUGCAGGAUCCAGAACGAGUUCAGGCCUUUUUGGGGAAAUGUGCUGAAAUGGCAGCCGAAGCUGUGUCCGCUGAUGAACGUAAAGCAAUAGUUCAAAGAGAACGGCAAAUUGUUGGUGUGAUGGACGAGGAGCAAAAGAUCGAAACACAAGUAUUAUUCAAACGCAUGUCUACAGUACCAGCUGGACGAAGGUUCUCUGUGUUACCGCGCAAGCAAGAUGCCGGAGAAGCAAAAUCUGAACGAAAGCGACGACGGCAGCGCGGCCUAUCUGUUAUCCCUGGACCGGAACAAGCUUUGCCACCGCCUCCGCAAUCCGACACUCGCGGUUUUCAAAUCUUUGACAUUUAG